AUGGUACCGUUGAAGUUGGCAAUAGUAGGAUCGGGGCCUGCCGGGUUUUAUACGGCGAGCAGGCUACUGGAGAAGGUGCCGAAUGCCGUGGUGGAUAUGUAUGAGGCGUUGCCGGUGCCUUUUGGGUUGAGUCGGUUCGGGGUGGCACCUGACCAUCCGGAGGUGAAGAAUUGUCAGGAUAAGUUUGUUCAGGUGGCGGAGGCGCCUCAUUUUCGGUUUGUGGGGAAUGUGUGUAUUGGUAGAGACUUGACUUUGAAGUCGUUGAAAGACAAUUAUAAUUCAGUUGUGUUUGCGUAUGGAUCAAGUCAGGAUAGACUGCUGAAUGUACCUGGAGAAGAGCUGCCAGGAGUGUUUUCGGCAAGAGAGUUUGUGGGAUGGUAUAAUGGCGUUCCUGAAUUAAGAGCUUUGAACCCGCCAUUACAAGAUGCAGAAGAUGUUGUUAUUGUUGGUAAUGGAAAUGUGGCUCUGGAUGUAGCGAGAAUUCUUCUUGCUGACCCGACUAGACUCAAAUCAACCGAUAUUGGUGAACAUGCUUAUGAUGUGUUAAGAAAAAGCAAAGUCAAAAAUGUUCGAAUCGUCGGCAGAAGAGGUCUGUUACAAAGUGCAUUCACUAAUAAAGAGAUCCGUGAACUUAUAAACGAGCCAGGAACGAUGAUGAAACCCUUGGCAGAUGUGUAUAUUAACCACUAUAAACCAUUUGUGCCGUUUUUGGAGAGGCCAAUAAAAAGACUUGUACAAAUCGUUGAAAAAGCCAGGACGAACAGCAAUGAUCAAAUUGCUAAAGCUAAUCAAGGACAGGGUUCACUUCCGUCCAAACAAUGGUCCUUGGAGUACCUACUGUCUCCACAACGGUUCUAUGCUUCUUCAUCGAAUCCCAAUAUCCUCUCCUCAACCCUGUUUGAAGUGAACACACUUUUACAGAAAGAUAUUAAAUCACCCUCUGUCUGCCGCGGAACCGGUGAAACUAAAUCGUUUAAAACGGAGUUGGCAUUCCGAAGUAUCGGAUACAAAUCACUUCCCCUUCCUGGCAGUGCAGAACUGGGAAUUCCAUUUGACGAACAAAGCGGCCGGAUUCCGAACGAGCUCGGUCGUAUUGCCGGGGUGCCUGGAUUCUACGUCAGCGGAUGGGUUAAAAACGGGCCUACGGGUGUCAUCGCCAAGACCAUGUGGGAUGCAUUCGAAGUAGCCGAGACCGUGCUCGAAGACCUCUACUCCCACAAACUCGACACCUCGUCCAAACCCGGCUAUGAGGGCGUUCUCCCCGAAAUCAAAUCGCAGCCCGUCUCCUGGACCGACUGGCUGAAAAUCGACCAGGAGGAAACCAGUCGUGGUGCCGCCCAAGGCAAGCCCCGCGCCAAGUUCACCUCCGUCAACGAUAUGCUCUCUGUCCUCUAA